UCCGAAUUUAGUUAAUUUCUCAAAACAUUUGAUGUGUAACAAAAAAGGGAGCGAGCAGCAAUUUUAAGGACACAUCCAGCUCCCCAAAGCGAAAAUCACCUUCCCUAUAAAUAAAAAGGCGCCUGGAAAAAGCAGAGGAAAUAAUUAAAAGUCUUCAUCUACUGAGGUGGGAGACACGUUGAACACUCGCACAUACAGAACCUGGUACCUAUUAUUUCUUGCAUGGAGGCUGUCCAAUCAGAGAUGAGCAUCCUGGUUAACGGGAAGGGUCAUGACCUUGGGGAUGAUAUGAAUGUGCAGAUGAAGACAAUUAUAGAGGACGACCCAAAUGGCACUCAGAACAGAUAUGACGAUCCUGAUGGAACCCUGGCUGAAAAUGUGGAGUUUCUGCCUGGCGGCGAGGGCAAAAAGCCACGUUUCACCGAUUUUGAAGGGAAGACCUCAUUUGGCAUGUCUGUCUUCAAUCUCGGCAAUGCCAUUAUGGGCAGCGGGAUUCUGGGUUUGGCUUAUGCCAUGUCCAACACCGGCAUCGUCCUCUUUUUGUUCCUCCUCACAGCAGUUGCUGUUCUUUCAUCCUACUCCAUUCACCUCUUGCUAAAAGCCUCUGGGGUUGUAGGAAUCAGAGCCUAUGAGCAGUUGGGCUUCCGGGCUUUUGGGACACCUGGCAAAAUGGCAGCUGGAAUUGCUAUAACACUGCAGAACAUCGGAGCUAUGUCCAGCUACCUGUUCAUUGUCAAGUCUGAGUUUCCUCUGGUCAUCCAGGCCUUCUUGCGGGCAGACGCCAACUCUGGAGAGUGGUAUCUGAAUGGCAACUACCUGGUGAUUCUGGUCUCUAUGUCUGUGAUUUUGCCUUUGGCCCUCAUGAAGCAGCUCGGUUACCUUGGUUACACCAGUGGCUUCUCUCUCAGUUGCAUGGUUUUCUUCCUCAUUUCGGUCAUCUACAAGAAAUUCCACAUCACUUGCCCAUUCGAGGAGUUCUCAGCUAAUAACACAGCCGUCCAUCUGCUCACGACCGAGCUGCCAUUGACCGACAGUCAUCAUGAUGGACACGCGGUGGACGAUGAACACUGCUUUCCCCGUAUGUUUACAAUCAACUCUCAGACUGCAUACACCAUCCCGAUUCUUGCCUUCGCCUUUGUGUGCCACCCUGAAGUGCUGCCCAUCUACACUGAGCUGCGCAACCCAUCUAAAAAGAAAAUGCAGCAGGUCUCCAACAUCUCCAUCUUCAUUAUGUACGUCAUGUACUUCCUGGCUGCCCUGUUUGGCUAUCUGACCUUCUAUGGAAACGUUGAAGCCGAGCUGCUGCACACCUACAGCAGGAUUGAACCCUACGACACUUUGAUCCUGUGUGUGCGAUUGGCUGUGCUCACCGCUGUCACGCUGACUGUGCCAAUCGUGCUGUUCCCGGUGCGCCGGGCCAUUCAGCAGAUGAUCUUCCCCAACAAGACAUUCAACUGGAUCCGUCACAUCAUCAUCGCCGUCAUCCUCCUCACCUUAAUCAACAUGCUCGUCAUCUUUGCACCGAACAUCCUUGGCAUCUUCGGAAUUAUCGGUGCUACUUCUGCCCCCUGCCUUAUCUUCAUCUUCCCUGCUGUCUUUUACAUCCGGAUCGUCUCGGAAGAGGACGAACCCAUGCGCUCCACAUCCAAAAUCCUGGCUGCCUGUUUCGCUGCUUUGGGUGUGCUGUUUAUGACAAUGAGUUUGAGCUUUAUCAUCAUCGACUGGACUACAGGAAGCAGCAAUUCUGCUGGUGGCCACUAGAGGAGGGUUGAAAAUUGUGUGUGUGUGUGUGUGUGUGUGUGUGUGUGUGUGUGUGUGUGUGUGUGUGUGUGUGUGCUUGUGUGCAUGCGUGAGAGAGAGAGUGUGAGAGUAAUGAGGAGAGUGUAUUGAAAAACAUUAAUGUUAUAUAGCAGGUUGAGCGAGGCUCAACUGAAGCACAUUUUUGUAUCUUUCAUUUUUUUGUUUUUAGUGUAGCUCUCUGUUCCAGCACCACACUCAUCUGAAGCAGGUUAUCAGCAUAAAUACCAAAUUAAUAAAGGCUGUUAAGGGCAGGGAACGGAAGCUUUGGGAUUCAGGGUGCAUCAGAUUCCCAAGAGUUCAGGACAAAACCUAGCAGGUUGCCUGAUUGGCUUGACUAGCUGUUUGAGAGAAAAUGCAACUCGCCAUGGCUCCAAACAGUCAGGUUUUACGCUUCAGGUAAUUCAGUGUUAUCUAUUUUUUUUUAAGCUGUCCUCACCUGCCUUUCAGAAUGCUCUACUCUUGUUUUUUUCUUCAUGCUUUCUCCCUUUCAAAAGGUUUCAUUUUCUGUUCUGCAGCUAGCUCUGUAUAACAGAAUAUUUCAAUGCUUCUUACAGUAUCAUAGAUAAUAAUAAGAAUAGAACAAAAAAAUAUAUAUAUAUAUGUGUGUGUGUAAUUUUUUUUAAGAAGUCAUCCAUACAUGUGACAUGGUAUGGAAAGUUUUGAAACUUUAGUAUAGACCCUUAAGAUCUGUUUUGCAGAAUGAAAGACAGUCAAAUGGAGUCUCAUGUUGGAAACUUCAGCUUGUUCCCCAACUAACUGACUAGUAGCAGCUUCGGCGCUAGCAGGAGUGAUCUUUUUGAGCAUUCCUUUCCUUCAUGCUCUUAAGUGUCAGCAUCGAUUAUAAAAGGAGUGGCGCACGUGUGUUUAUAGACCAAUAUCAGCUGCUGUUAGACAAACAGGUCUGUGGUGCCGAAGGUAUCUUAAAUAUAUGACACUCACAAAGUACAAAAGCUCCUUCAGUACCUGCCAAGUGUACAAUACGACAGGUGAUUCACACCUACAUAACCAAUAAGUUAAGAAAUAUUUAUUCUGAUGUAUGAAGUAUUUUUUAAGGCCACUCCACAAAAAAGUGUGUAGAGUGUAUUUAAUCAUAUAAACGUUUUUUUUUCAGUAUUCAGAUGAACUAAGGGAUUUAUUCAGAAGGUUUAAGAAGUAUCUUGUAUAUAUUUACGGCUAAACGUGUGCAGAUCAUACACCAAGCUGCUCUCGUGAAUCUGGACAGAGUAAGACAUGUCGGAAUAACUUGUUUGUGUAUAUUUUUUUUUAUGGAUUAAAGAAAACCUCACCUCCACUUUUCUUCCUGUACCUGUGCUGUUUUUAAGGUGUUUCAUGUGAAUUGUGCCUUAUUGACAUUCUCAGUAUACUCAAGUAUAAUGAGUGGUACAUGAUUAGCGCUAGUUGUGUAAAGUUGUGUUCUGAAAUGUUCUUGGUGUCUGUGGGAUUUUUUUCUUUAGGGGGUAGCAACAACGACUGUGCACUUCCAUAGCGUUUGAUAUCCGUACUGUUGGGUCAAAGGUGCCAUUUAAAAGGGCUCUGUUUAAACGUGUGUGAAAUUUACAUCCAAACAAAGUUUAGAUGUAAAAAGCACUAUGGUGGUGGAAAUGACAAGAGUCGUUCCGAGUCAGUCGGCAUUGAUGAAAAACAGCAGCUAAUGGCUAGGGCAGUUUUCAUACAGAUGCUUUGACGCAAAUAUUUUUGCCUUUGAACGAUAAAAUAAUCAUUUUUACGCUUGCUUGAUGUAAUGAAAAGAAACUGUCUACUACUUCUUUGCUGCUGAGACCGACUUAUAGACACCACAUUAUUUUGAAAAAGGUCUAGUAGGAAAGUCCAGAGAAACCAGUUUUCAGACUUACAAUGCAAACAGUCAAACUAUCAGAUCCGGUUCGAUCCAGUCCAGGAGGAUCACCACAGAUUAUCUUUUAGCAUGAAUAGUUUAAUUUAACGUUUAAUUUAAAACAAAUAUAUUCAUGAUAAGCCUUAGUUAAUUGUUCAUUUUGAAGCAUUUGUUUUGAUGCUAUGUCGAUAUGUUGAGAUAUUAACUUUACAUAAUAACUUCUGCAUACCAAAGCUGCUGAUUUAGUGAUCUUUCUGAAUUCAAGUGUAUUGUGAUCACAUUGUGGCUUUCAUGGCAUACAAAUGUUAAGAGGUCUGUUAUUGCCGCUAUUCUGUCUUUAGGUUGUUUCACUGUGAAACCAGCAUGCACAGAUAUUUAAAGAUGAUCGACACCAGCAGUGAUCGUGAUUAUGCGUUAAAAAAAAAGGCUGUAGUUACUGUAUUUCCAUACACACGCUUUUACAUCCAAGUGGUAGAGAGAGGAUCUGGUGUUAAUGACGUUAAAUCAUUUUAUGCUUGCUUGACUGUGAGAGAACAUGGAUAAGAAGAAUUUAGAGGUCACUAAAGAAAUAAUACUGCUGUUAUAUACCGUAUAGUGUAAGACAAAUAGAAAUUUAAUGACCAGCAUAUAUCCAGGAUUUAACCAGUUAAUGUUGUUAUUUUUUAAAAUCCUAUAUUACAGUUACAUACUUCACUAUAUUUUCCCUUGAGUAUUGACUCUCUGCUCCGUUCACAGGCUGUACUUUAUGCAGUAAAAAUGUUAAUUUUGUUAAUGUUAAUGUGACUUUGGCUCAUUUAUGUCACUUAUUUUAAAAGUAAUGUUAUGUGUGUUUGUAUUAUGUAUUGGCUGUAAUGGCCUAUUUUGACCUUUUUCUGAGGUCCUUCUAUAGACUGUAAAUCUUUUCUCUUGUGCAUUUAACCAAAUUCUCUUCAUGCCCAUCAGGAAGCCUGAGCUUGUACGGUUGUUAAUUGCCAUGAAUCCACAAUUAUUGCCUUUUUGUUUUGUGACUACAUGGUAAUAAUACACACAUGUAAACAGCCCUUCUGUUUAUGCCUGUGAAGCUUGUAUAGUGUAAAUAGCAGAACUGGUUUUAGAUUAACAAUAAAGAAAAAAUAUAUAUAGUUGUUUCUA